GGCAGUAUUGGUGCUGAGGAGUGUCAAAAGACCAUUCUGACAGCUGGUGGUCACAGGAACAUCCAACAUUCCUUUGGAUUCAGAAUGAACAUGACAAUAUCUUUUAACUCAGCAUCUCAAAUACAAACCAAUUGGAGUUUUCCCUACCACACUAUCCUGUCCUGUAGGAACACUACUGACAUUACUAUGUUUCUGGUCACUUUAUAUGGUGUUGAAACCAUUGUAGGUGUUGUAGGAAAUUUGUGUUUGAUUGGUAUCCUAACCAAACAUAAGGAAAAAGCCAUAGUGACCAAUAUAUUUCUUGCCAAUCUAAUAGCUUCAGACUUGAUCAUGUGCAUCUUUUGCCUACCGUUCACUGUUGUCACAAUCUUCUUGAAGUACUGGCUAUUUGGUGAGACUAUGUGUAGAAUGAUAUCAUUCAUUCAGUGUACAUCUGUGACUGUGUCUAUCCUGUCACUUGUCCUCAUUGCUUUAGAACGGCACCAGCUCAUUAUUAACCCAACAGGCUGGAGACCCAGCCUUUCCCAAGCCUAUCAGGGCAUUGUUAUUGUCUGGGUCUUUGCUGCUGUCUUAUCCCUGCCUUUUGUAACUAACUCCACCUUAAGUAAUGUUGUCCUAGAGCAGUUCUACAUAAUGGAUCCCUAUGCAGCCAAGACCAUUUGUAUGUACUUGUGGCCUUCAGAAGAAUAUAGGCUCAUCUAUUUUACUGUCUUGCUGUUGCUACAGUACUGCAUUCCUCUUAUCUUUAUUGUGGUGUGUUACCUGCAUAUAUACCUUCACCUCCAGAAGAGAGAGGGCAUAUUUAAGAAACGUGACUAUGGUUACCGGAAGAUUCAGCUGAAGCGGAUAAACAUCCUGCUGGCUUGCAUGGUUUUUGCCUUUGCAGUCUGCUGGUUACCAUUACAUAUUUUUAACAGCAUUGAUGACUGGAACUACAAAAUAAUCCCGCAUUGCCUCCAUGAUUUGAUUUUCUCAUUGUGCCAUCUUGUAGCUAUGGCAUCUGCCUGUCUUAACCCUAUCAUCUAUGGCUUUCUAAAUAAGAAUUUUAAAAAAGAAGUGAAGGAUCGGAUUUUGAAUUGCCAGCACCAUUCUUCACUGCAAGACUAUGAGAAUGUGCCUCUAUCUAACUUGCAGACAGAUAUCUCCAAGUGUUCUGUACAGCUAAACUGUCAACAUAAUCUCAUUUAAUUCCUGUGAUAAAGAUCCUGAGACCCUAAGGCUUAGAUUAUAUCCCUGGGUACUCCUGUAUGGACGUCCAUUGAACUCUGUGGAACUGAUUUCCUAGUAAUUUACUGGUAAACAUGGAUAGGAUUGUGCUAUUAUCUUGUUUUUACAUGUGAAGCUUAAAACAAUUUAACUUGAAUGUAAUAUAAAUAAACUGG